AAUCUUUCAGUAUUCUCGCAGUGGCUCUGUGAUUAAGUUGUAAGCGCAGCAAAACUCGCAAAUUUCAUUGUGUUUCAUUUAUGAAUGUAUUUGAGUAUAUAUUUCGUAUAAAAUAUAGGUAUAUAUAACAUAUGUAUAUACAAAUAAUUUCCAUUAAAUAAUUGUGUAAAAUUUAAUCACCAACAUCUUCUGGUGAUGGGUAUUCUUCGAUGUGGUAUGCUCUUUAGCAUACUCUCAUACCAGCUACUCGUUAUUACAGUUGCACAAAACGCAUGUAUAUACUCUGCUGAUACGGAAGGUAUUUGCAGACCAUACGCUGAUUGCAAGGAAUUACACCAUAGAGUAAUAUUCCAAAAUGAUGCUUGUGAGGCAAAUACUUAUUGUUGUCCUAAUAAUCUUAUAACGCCGCCACAUAUUAAUAAUGUAAAUAACUACAAGUCAGAACUCAAGCCCAAUCGUGAAAAUCCUCCUUUAACGGAUGAACAGAUUCGUGCAAUUUGGGACGAACCUGCGCAAGAUCGCAGUCAACCUCAAUUCGACAAUACAGCAUUUUUACCAGCUGUCGAAAAUGUACAAAUACCACGACUAUCUAAUGGCAAUUGGAAUUUGAACCCUACCUAUGAACCAGAGGUUCAAGAAAAUCCAAAUAUAAAGGCACCAUGGGGUAAUGAUGAUCAAAUAUUUUUUCCAACAGCUGUUCCAGGGUUUCAAGUGUAUCCAGAAAUUCCACAACAACACAACCCGGCCUUUAAUGCCAUUUUGAAUUCGAACCCUACCUAUGAACCAGAAGUUCACGAAAAUCCAAAUAAACAAGUAAAUGCACCAUGGGAUAAUGAUGAUCAAAUAUUUUUUCCAACAGCUGUUCCAGGGUUUCAAGUGUAUCCAGAAAUUCCAAAACUACACAACCCGGCCUUUAAUGCCAUUUUGAAUUCGAACCCUACCUAUAUGCCAGAGUUUCAAGAAAAUCCAAACAUAAAUGAACUAUGGGGAAAUGGUGAACAAGUAUUUCCACCAAUAGCUGUGCCAGGAAUUCCAAAGCAUCCAUUUCAUCCAUCAAUAGCUAUUUCAGGCAGUCAAGUGAACACAGUAAAUGAUUUAGUGAAAGUUCCAGAUAUUCGAUUACAACCAGUAUAUCCAUCUACAACUGCCGUCGUCACCGAAAGUGCUACUCAAACUACGCCAAAACCAAUAACCACGACUACUACAGAAGCAGUACCAGUUUUCAAUGAGGAGUUCUAUAGACGUUUAGGAUUAGCUUUCGGUAAUAAAUACAACCAAUACCAACAGCAAGACGUUGUUACACCACAAAUUGACGUUGAAACGUCAACAGUGGAUGUAAUAAUCGAAGAAGUUACAACGAAUACUUCUAGUGUCAUGAGCAAUUUAAACCAAUUGGGUUUGUAUAAAUUAAACUCGCAAAAGUGUGGUUUUGUACAUAUUGAAAGUGAUCCGUCGGAGAGCAAUGCUGAGGCGCAUUUACUUGAAUUCCCCUGGUUGGCUUUGUUGCGUUAUGAAAGCGGGAGUAGAACUCCAAAUUUUUCGUGUGCUGGCUCGCUGAUCACCGAACGUUGGGUGCUGACGGCAGCAAGUUGCAUUCGGAAAACAUUAAUCGGCGUACGCUUAGGUGAAUAUAAGAUAUCAACCAAAUCGAACAAGGACUGCGUGCGAAACUUAUGUUCUAUUUAUAAGGAUUAUAAAAUAGCCAAUUCAGUAAACCACCCGGAUUAUAAACCGGAAACGGGUGUCAAGGAUAUUGCACUAAUAAAAUUAAAAGCGAGAGUUGAUAUGACUAAAAAUAUCAAAACGAUUUGCUUACCUACAAAAGUUGAACACUUCAAUGUGCCCUAUGAUAAUACGCCUCUCACAAUAUCCGGUUGGGGUUUGAACAAAACAGGUGCCACCGAAGUGUUGAAGAAGCACGCUAUUAAUCGCAGUAGGUCACGAGUUUGCCAACAAGCUCUACCAGAACAGCGCGUGCAUCAAUCCAAACUUUGCUUAACCACACGCCAUGAGGAGCCCAGUACUUGCAGCGGAGAUAACGGUGGUCCCAUUGUAUGGCUGGUGAACGAUAACACUCAAUUUUUUACACAAAUCGGCGUUGUGCCGUUCGGCAUGGAUAAAUGCGGCGCUGUUGAUGGUGUUAUUUCGGCUUAUUAUGUAGAGAGUGUGGCCGAUUCAAUGGAUUGGAUUACGAAAGUUAUUGGCGAGGAUGAGUGAUGGAGAAAUACGGAUUAGUUAAAAAUUAUAGUUAUAAAACUGAAGAAAAAAAUCGUAUAUUGAGGUGUUAAUAUUAUGACUUAUAAAUAAUUAAGGAAGAACUACUUUGACACUUCUAAAGUUUAAUUGACCCAAGUUUUGGGUAUUGUAUUAAAAAUUUGCUAUAAUUUUUUCUAUCCUCGAAAGAAAAGUGAAUCGUAAUAUUACGAUUUUCGAUUUCGCUACACUUCAGUUCCAAAAUUGAUUAACUUUACUCAUUUAAAUUUAAAAAUAUACUUUUUCUUUGUUCUAUAUAAACUAACUUUAUAACUUCUUAACGAAAAUAAAUUAUUAGACUGGUGCAAA